UCCAUGCAUCUACAGCUGUGCUUGGGUUUUCAUGCUGCUGGCAGAAUUCAUAAAGUAUUGGUCAAAUUUUGAAAGGAGCACUUGCUACAGAAAGGCAAGGCAAAAAGUUUUUUUUGCGAUUAGUGGGGUAAUGGGAAUGAAACUUGGCCAUUAUCACGUAAUUGCACACCUGCAAACGUUAUUUGUUUUUUUUCCCUGUGUAAAUGAUCAAUGUAUUCAUUAAAUUAAAUACUGCGCUAUGGCUAAAAUACACUCCUGAUCAAAAUUCUAAUACCAGUUGAAGACUUGCUAGAAUUUGCAUUUUGCACUGUUGGAUCUUAAGGUUAUAAGUAGUGCUUCAAAAUGCAAAAAAGAAGAAAUGGGAGUGAGACAAAAAUAUGAUUAAGCAAGUUAUUGCAAACAACCAUUGAACUGAAUUGGGCUGUUCAUCAGCUGAUCAAAAGCUUAAGACCACAGCCUUUAAAAGCCUAAAUCUUUGCAAAAAUUUGGAUUCAGUGCCAUUUUCUGUCAGGUGUCCACUGUCAUGACCUGAUGGCAAAGGCAAAAAAGCUUUCUCUGAACACGGUCGGAUUGUUGAGCUGCAUCGGCAAGGCCUCCGCCAUUGCUGCUGCAGUUGGACACAGUAAGACAGUCAUUUUAAACUUCUUAAAAGAUCCUGAGGGUUAUGGAACAUAAGUCAAGUGGUAGACCCAAAAGAAUUUGAGAGGGAUGUUAUUUCUAUGGAAGAAGUCCUUUGUCAGGCGGGCAUUGUGAACUGCAGUGCUGUCAAAACCCAGUCAUUACCACAGAGACAAUGGCCUUCAGUCAUGAGGGAUGCCCCUGCAACAUCUCCACAUACCCAGCUGCAGUUUGACGCCUCUGCACAACCUUAAUUUUUCUUUAUUUUGUCCCACUCCCAUUUCUUCUUUUUGCACUUUGAAGCACUACUUUGAACCUUAAGAUCCAUCAGUGCAAAAUGUAAAUUCUUGCAAUUUUUGGAGUGUAUUAGUCAACGACUAAAGCAUAAAAACCCUCAAACUGCACAUGUGGUCCAGGCACAGCUGCCAGCACAGUGUUACAAAAUAAUACUACAUAUUAUUUAGGAGCAAUAUUUUUAUAGUAAGACAUAGUCAGAAAUAUCACUGUUACAUAUUUAAACAGCACUAUAUCAAAUUCAGUGAGAUACGUAUGUUGUACUUUUAUGAUUAUUGUUUUAUUUUCAAGCUCUCACUACUCACCUGCUACUGAACAUAACUCCUUGAAAAAUUGGUUGUCAAGAAAAAGCAACACAGCCCUUAACAAAAUUAAAAUGGCUGCAUGUAGAUUCUUAAGAGGGACUUGAACAAAAUGUGGCUAAAGAAAUUGUCACUAAACCAAAAACACACUAAAGGAAUUGAGUCACUGUCAUUUGCAGUGAUGAGACUAAAAGUGAACUUAUUGAAAGCAAUGUUUAGAGAGCAUUGGACAAGGCUUAUUUCAAAAAGAAGAACACUAUUCUAACUUCAAAGCAUGGUGGUGGAUCUGACGAACAGCACGAGGUGUGAAAUGACAAAAUGAAUGGCGUGAUGUCUUCAGCUUUUAAUCAGAAGAUACUGAAGGGCACAUCAGUCAUGAUGCUGUGGAUGGGAUGUACUGAAACUUUCUAAUAUGACAGUUAUCCAAAGUACAAGGCAAAUCUUCAGUGUUCACAGCUGUAAUGGUCACAGUCUCCUGACCUCGAUGAAACUGGGCCCAUUUGUGAAGAUCUCAAAUGUGCAGCUUGUGCAAAACAAUCCAAGUCCCAUAAAUUAUUAUUUAUGGGACUUGGAGGCUUUUUGCCAAGAUAGACGGGAAGUUUUACCACCUGAGACAAUUAAAGUCCUCACUCACAACUAUUACAACAGAGUGGAAGCUAUUAUUGAUGCUUAAUGGGCCAAUACACAGUACUGAGAGCUCGUUUUUUUAUUGCCUGAUAUUGUUUUUAUGAUUUGGCUUUUCUGUGAUCCCAUUAAAAGUAAGCGAUGUGUUUGUGGGUAUGACUUAUAUACAGAUGUACAGAUUAUGUGUGUUUGUGUAAUUGCCUUCUUUGUGUGAACAAUUAAUGAAGUACAUUCUCAACACUGAUCAUAAGAAUGAUGAUAUGAAAGUGUAGAGAUGAAAAAUAAAAAUGUAAAUUACUAUUAAAACAUACUAAAGACAAUAAUAUAUUACGAAAUCAGGCGAGUAAGUAUUUUAAAAUUCGAUAUAUAUGUAUGAUUUUAGGUGAUUGCAUUGCACAGUUAAUAGAUUGUCCUGUUUGGCUUCCCGUAGACGAAUGCUUGUAGCCUAGUAACUUCAAUGUAGACACCAAAACCGCGCUUGGGUAGUUUACAACAAUUUUUAAUUAACUUUACCGUAAUAUACUUUAUUAAAUUCAACGCAAGGUUACAGUCCUAUGUAGCUAAUCUGAAGGAAACUAUGGACCGAUAUUCGUAUCCUCGCAUUUACGUGGAGAGAACACUGGCCAUCAUUAAACCAGACGCCAUCCACCAAAGUGACGAGAUUGAAGACGUUAUCCUGAAAUCCGGGUUCAAUGUUCUGCAGAGGCGGAGGCUGCAGCUAUGUCCAGAGCAAUGCAGCGACUUCUACGCAGACCAGUAUGGAAAGUUCUUCUUUCCCAACUUGACUGCCUUCAUGAGCUCUGGACCCAUCAUUGCCAUGACUCUGGCCUGCAACAAUGCUAUUGCACGCUGGAAGUCACUUAUAGGGCCGGUCAACAGCGUCAAGGCUAAACAAACUCAUCCAGAAUGCCUUAGAGCAAAAUACGGCACUUCUGACCUGAAAAAUGCACUCCAUGGCAGUGAGUCAUUUCAUGCAGCAGAGAGGGAGAUCAAAUUCAUGUUCCCAAACUCUGUAAUUGAGUCCAUUCCUUCAAGAGAAGCAACAGAAGAAUAUCUGAACAGAUAUGUAAACCCAACUCUGCUGCGAGGACUCACUGAGCUCUGCAAGCACAAGCCACUCAACCCUUGUGUUUGGCUUGCUGACUGGCUGAUGAAAAACAGCCCAAACAAUCCACAAAUAUGUGAUGGGAGAGAAGCAGAAUGGCAACAGGAAAAGGGGAAAGAAUACAUCACAUAAUAUUUAUUUAGAAAUAGACUAGAAUGAGUGUGACUUGGUAUAUUUCAAAUUAAAAUAAUUGAGCGUGUAUAAACAAGAGCACAGUGAUUGAUUGUAAUCAUUAAAUAAAGCAAAUAUCUCAAAUUGAUUGGUACUGCACUCUAUGAGGUCAUAUAUAUAAUCUUGAAUGGCCUAACAAAUCAGUCAGGGAUUAAAGAUUAGAUUCACUGGACAUGAUUGCAAUGAAAGUAUUUGAUAAAUUGUAUAACCUGAGCUGAGGUGAGAGCAUUAAUAUACUGGACUUUACACUCACUAACACUGUUUUCCUUCAUUGCACUCCUGGAAAUAGUUUACAGACACAAAAUGUAUUAUUGUUGAAUUUGCACGUGCAUGUGACCAUCUAAUGUAUGCAAGUAAAUCAUCCCAAAGACCAUUGCAACAAAAAGUGUUAUGUGUUUCAGGAACGGUUUACCAUUUGACUGGAUUUGGCAGGAUAUUUAAGGCUGUUUUACUUUGCUGUUGAUCUUUUAACACUGCAAGAUAUGGUAGUGUACUGGCUCUGUGGGAAGGUUUGCACUCUCUGUGUUUACUGUAUGUUGUUUGUAAAUAACACAGGCCGUGAUGGUUGUUGGACGGAUAAGCUGUGGUCCAUGCAGUUCACACAGGACAAGUAGAUUCAGCUUUAGAUAAUAGAAAGGCAACAAUAACUAAGAAAAAAAGAUGUCCUACAGUGGCAGAAGACUUGUCAGACACCUAAUUUAGUACAUUUACUGCCAAACGAAGCGGC